AUGCGGGUCGCCGCGCCCAGCCUGCAUGAGCCGCCACCACACCCAGCCGUCGAUCCACGCCCCACGCGCGCAUCCAGCGUCGAGCGCCGCCGCGACCAACGCGCGCAGCCACAGCCGUGCGUUGCCGCGCACGCAGUCCACUCCCAGGCCGUGUCGAUAGCCCGGGCCGAGGCCGCCGCCUCAGCACCCCACAGCUCGAAGCCGUGCCCAAGCGCACGCGCGCCGCCGCCCACGGACAGCCGGAGCCGCGCUAGUCACCAGCCCGCGCCUGAGCCGCGCCUGCGUGCCCGACCUAGCCCGUCGCGCCAGAUGCGCCCUCGCGCCUCGCAGAGAGAUGCCCCGCCGCCACCCUCCCUGGAGCCAGACCGGGUUUCGCCGGCGGUCUCCUCAGGCGGCGGCGAGGGAACACCUCCAUCAUCCGGCGACUCUACUAGAACCCAGCUUCCUGCGUUCAUUGAUGCCCACGGGGCCAAGGCCAAGACUGGCAAAAAACAGAAGGUGGGCGGUUCUUCCAAGGCCCCCGAGGCUUCUGAGCCGGAGAAGCAGGUGCUGGAGACCCUUGAGGUCCCAAUCCGGAAUCCCGAAGAUCCUACCGACCAACCAGAUGACCCGCCUCCAUAG